AUGAAUUCCAACCGGUUCUGGCUUUGCCGUUCAGAGUUUAAUGUCUUUUCAACGCUGUAUCGAUUUUCAAUUAAUUUUCCACUUUCAGGAAUCUUCCCCUCGUCGGCGGCAAGUGUUACCCUCUGAGUCCAUCGACACUUUCCACAAAAUCAAUCAGGUAACUUUUUCUUCGUGUUCCAACUGUUGAAAAGAAAAAUGCUUGAAACAUUAUAAUGAAAAUCAGAUUUUCAUUUUCUGCAACAAAUCGGAAGCAAUCGAGAAGUCUUCUGAUGAAAACGAUAUCAGCAACUUUAAAAAAAAAUCGCAAAAAUUGUUUCAGAAAUGCCUUCCAAUUCUCGUCGUGUAAUAAAAGUGAAAUCGUCAGACGGAUUCAUCCUCGAUGGAGAUGUUGUCGUUCUUUCUGUCUCAAAAACAAUCGAACAAUCGAUCAAAGAGCUCGGAUAUGACAAAGACGGAUGGGAAAAGAAAGGACCGCUUCUAGUCAAAGACGUCAUCGCAUCCACUCUCAAAUUAGUGAUCGAAUGGUGUGAACGGCACAAAGACGACGAUCCGGCACUGCUCGAGGAACAGAAGAAGCGACCGAGAAGCUUGCGGAUUCCGGAAUGGGACAAACAGUUCUUGGCAAGACUUGACAGAAAUCAGUUGUUCGACUUGAUUUCCGCCUCGCACACUCUGAACAUUGAAGGCCUCAUGAACAUCGCGUGCAAAACGCUCGCGAAUAUGGCAAAGGGAAAGUCGACGGAGGAGAUGCGAGAACUGUUCGGCAUUCCAGAACCCUGGGAGCAGCCGUCCACGUCUACUGCCACGUGGGACUGA